AUGAAAGUAAAUUCCUCAUUUUUUUCUCUAACCCUUUCCUCUUCUUUUUUGAUUCCUCUUAUUCUGACUGCAGCUCCUGGGGUUCCAGCUAUACAAGCUUUAGAUUCUUCUGAACUAGAGGACCUUGACACAAGUAACCUGCGCAUCCUGGGUACCAAGAAAAUUAAAGAAAUACGCUUUACCCAAACACUUAGCGUAGACGACCCAGAGAUAGAAACCGCAGCUUUGGAAAAAAGAGGCCAAACCAGCGAUGUAUCUCAAGUACUCUUUAAUAGGCAUUCUGUACCUGGAAGCAGCAGCUAUUCAUAUAGUGUUUCGACAAGUAUUUCUACUGGAGGAAAUACAAAUACGGUAAAUAAUAACUACAACAGUAAUGUAAAUAAUGGAAACAGUAAUUCAGUGAGCACAAGUGAUACUAUCAUUAAUAAUAGCAACACCAAUAAUAUUGAUCAUUCAAAUACAAAUACAAAUACCAAUACAAUAAACAAUAGUAAUACCAAUAGUAAUACCAAUAGUAAUACCAAUAGUAAUACCAAUAGUAACAGUGACACGAACAACUCAAACUCAAACAGCAAUACUAACAGUAACACUAAUAGCAACACGAAUAGCAAUAGCAAUAGUAAUAACAAUGAAAAUGAAAAUGAAAAUGAAAACGAUAAUGACAAUAGUUACUCAAAUGAACCUGGCUCCGGUAGCUCUUCUUCUUCUUCUUCUUCUUCUUCUUCUUCUUCUUCUUCUUCCAUCACUAUUUCAACGUCUUCAACAAGACUUUCUAACGGUUUGUAUGCUGGUGGCUCCAACUCUGUCUAUAUAGCCGGUUCUACCACCCAUUCUGGUCUUCAAUCAGUCCUUCUUCUAUCUUCUUCUGUGUCUGCCGCCUAUCCAGGGUAUUGGGGCACUCAGGGUGUAUACGACUACUCAUACAAUUCAACUAUUAAUGGGGUUCAAUAUUCUGUUCGCUGCUUUUGUAUGGUAUUUAAUCCCUGCUCUUGCGACAAAACUCAAAACUUUGUUUACUUUGAAAAUCUUUCUGGAAACUUUUCCAAAAUCUCUGUCACAAGUACUGGGGAACGUACCGUAAUGGUCAAUGGAACUUUGAUUAAUUCUACAGCUCUCACUUCAAGUUCCCAAUCGUCUUCACCUGAAAAUCAACCAGUUGCUCCUGUCUUGGAAUCUUUGGGAAUUGCUCUCAUGAUUCCAGAAACUUUUCUCUUCUUGGCGAUUUCAGUUGUUGGCAUUUUUUAUUUGUAA